AUGGAAAUAUCCGACCCUCAAGAAUCUGGCACUCAUCCAGCCGUAGGCUUGCAUUUGUGCCAGCAUCUCCCACAAAACGAAUGUUCUACAACACAGAACGGAUUUUUGGGUAGUGAGUACCACAGGUCACAACAUAUUCAUCUUCCUGACAAGCCUCAUCACAGUCUGGACGAAGAAACUUCGGAACAAAGCAAUCCAUAUGGAACGGACUUGACUCCGUACGCUGAAGCACCACUGAGUAAUACGUUGACCGAAAGUUUCCUCGAACGCGAGAGUUCUGCGUUUGUCUUGAACGAGCAUGACGGUGGAACACUUUCAAUUAUCGCAACUUAUCCUCUCCUUACGAUAAUUAUAUUUGUUCGAACUUUCGAUCAGUCAAUGGAAAUAUCCGACCCUCAAGAAUCUGGCACUCAUCCAGCCGUAGGCUUGCAUUUGUGCCAGCAUCUCCCACAAAACGAAUGUUCUACAACACAGAACGGAUUUUUGGGUAGUGAGUACCACAGGUCACAACAUAUUCAUCUUCCUGACAAGCCUCAUCACAGUCGGGAGGAAGAAACUUCGGAACAAAGCAAUCCAUAUGGAACGGAGUUGACUCCGUACGCUGAAGCACCACUGAGUAAUACGUUGACCGAAAGUUUCCUCGAACGCGAGAGUUCUGCGUUUGUCUUGAACGAGCAUGACGGUGGAACACUUUCAAUUAUCGCAACUUAUCCUCUCCUUACGAUAAUUAUAUUUGUUCGAACUUUCGAUCAGUCAAUGGAAAUAUCCGACCCUCAAGAAUCUGGCACUCAUCCAGCCGUAGGCUUGCAUUUGUGCCAGCAUCUCCCACAAAACGAAUGUUCUACAACACAGAACGGAUUUUUGGGUAGUGAGUACCACAGGUCACAACAUAUUCAUCUUCCUGACAAGCCUCAUCACAGUCGGGAGGAAGAAACUUCGGAACAAAGCAAUCCAUAUGGAACGGAGUUGACUCCGUACGCUGAAGCACCACUGAGUAAUACGUUGACCGAAAGUUUCCUCGAACGCGAGAGUUCUGCGUUUGUCUUGAACGAGCAUGACGGUGGAACACUUUACCCGGCCUCCCUUGGCCAUGGAGGAGACUGGAGCUUCGAACGGAUGCUACCGUACAACCACAGACAUGGUGCUGAACUCAACUCGCGCAAGGAUAAAUUCCCAAUCGAAAAGUGUGCCUCAUCAGAAACACCUACAAACGGUGCACCUCAGCUACCCAACUCUUUCAACGAACCACCCUACUCAUGUAGAAUACGCGACAUCAAGGAAAUCCCCGUAACUUUUGAUCCCCCAAAGAUUUCCGAUACUUCACACACGUUUGAGCGCAGCCGGACUGGCGACUUUCUUUUGAUGCGACAGCGAGGACGGCGGAAACCUCGAAUUUUGUUCUCUCAGGCACAAAUCUUCGAACUUGAAAGUCGAUUCAAACACCAACGCUACCUGUCCGCACAAGAACGUGAGCAUUUGGCUGCGACGCUGAAAAUGUCACCUCAACAAAUAGCAUCUUCCACCUGUAGCCGUCUGAUAGAUUUGACCGACUUUGUUGAUCCCACGAGCGACAAACUCGAGGAGUUCCAGACGGACUGCUCCAGUGGUCUGAACCUUGUCAUUCCACAACACGUUGUUUGGUCCUUUGAAGUGAAAAUUUGGUUCCAGAAUCGGCGAUACAAGGUCAAGAGACAACAACAAGACAGAAGUCUUGAACAGGCUACGGCACUGCAACACAGUAUCAGACGACACGCCGCCACUGCGGAAAAAGGAAGUGCUUCACGAGUGUUCGCAGUAGAAGGUCCAAUUUUAAGUCCGAGCGCCCGAACAAAUGCAGUGAUUCCUAGUUCACCGUUUUAUGCUGACCCACAGCCUCUUGGUCAGUUAAAAUGGUUCCACGAAAGUCGAGACCUCGCAGACAGUGUCCGUUGUUAUCCAUCUGUAGGUGAUUGUGUGUCUGGAACAUUCACACAAGAACCACGUAGUAUCCAAAACUUUUCCUCACACUACUCUUUUUCGCAGCUGUUUCCAGAACCAUGGUCACAUAUUUCUCCUGAGACACGUUUGAACUGUUUCCCAUACACACCACAGAUUCACUCCAAUCUCCGUGAGGUUUGUGCACAUUCCAUUCAGCAACAAAGUUCCGAAGAUUUUAACCAUACCUACACGCGCUUUUUUCAGGAGAGAGCCAGAACUAUGUGUGGAACUUUGAAAGAUCCUGAUAACAUAAACCAGCAUGGUAAUUUCGCUGACAAUUCUACGGCCAAUUCGCACACCAAAGCUACAGAUUUUCAGUUUGAACCAUCUAUCGAUUCGAUAUUCCGAAGGGGUUCGUCAUCAGGCAUAAAUUUUGAGCGUUGCUCACCAACAAAGGAGUCAACAAAAAUUAUCAGCUACCUGGCGAUGAAGAGAUUGUGCAAUAAUGGACAUUCAGGAUACUCAGGAGAUGACGAGCCCCAUUGGAGCUUGAAGGAUAUAAAUCAGUGGCACACAACAUGUCCUAAGGUGGAGGGCAGCUCACCGAUUACAGAAAACGCAGGAACAUUUGCGGCUCCCCAUUUGAAUGGCUAUCUAGGAGGGUGUUGUGGCUUCAACGAUACCCAAGGACCCCUGGUUGAUUCCGAAGGUGCAAUGCCUAACACAGAAGAGGCUAGCGACUCGUCCAAUUCCCAGUCGAAUGAGAGGCCAGUGGAUCCAGAGGGUUACCUACCAACUCCUGUUCAUGAGGAUUCUAGAGCGGUGCAUGUGGACCCACUGAAUUGCACUCGAACGGCACUUGAGGAUUGGAAGCGGGCUUUCACACAAUCGUUACAGGCUCAAGGCGAACUAUAUGGAUGGCCGUAUUCGGGGCUUGAAUGA